ACCUUGCUGUUCAUCUCACUAUGAUCAUGAAAGUUUCCGCUACGCUCUUCACCGUCGUCUUUGCCAGCGCUGGCAUCGCCAUCGGUGCGCCUCAGCUCCCAAGAGCUACUGGCACCACAUCUGCAGCUGCCGCCACCGGAUCGCAAAUCCGUGCCGUUCAGGAUCCUGUGUUCCACUUCUACCUCCAGAACAAUGUCGGCACCCCCAUGCUUGGCCCCGAGUCCUCCUCCGGGUACUUCACCCUCGGCUCCACCAUCGCCCUCAACUCCGACUCCUCCGCCACCCCCCUCUACCUCAAUGUCAACUCCUCCGUCUCCACCUCCUACCAGCCGCUCACCCUCGACGACACCGCCUCCACGACGGAUUGGGGGUUGGAAGGCGACACAAUUAUCCUGACGAACCCGCGUCAGCUCAACUUCUUGGCGUGCGCGACGGCGGACGCGGCGUUCUAUGAUGUGUAUGUGCAGAAUGGGAACGACACGCCAGGGGGGAGUUGUACGAUGAUUACGCUGCACUUGCCGUGUUUGUGUUGAAGGUGUAUAUUGAGCAGGGACGGUGGGGUGGCCUAGCUGAAUGGAUAGGCGAAUGCGUGUUGUGUAUUCUAGCAGGAAUCUAUGGUGAUCAGGUAGAUGGAUCAGGCUCUCACCGCGCCUGAUUCUUGCUAGUCUAGUCGUGUAUUCAUCCGCGCUCACGGCUGCCUCCCGCCCCCCUUCACCCUUGCAUGCUCCCGCUUGAUCGCCCACUCCACCGCCUCCGCCACGUCCUCCGCAAUAUGCGUCGGCCGGUGCCGCGGCGGGCCCUCCUCGG